AUGGCUAUCGGAAGACCCUCUUGGCUUCUGUGUAUAAACGAUGACCGGCCGGACAUAAACCCAUAUAUUACCAGAAGCUCUCCAUCGUCUCCACCAGUAGACACGGCCACGUGUGAGCCGGUUGUCCGUAUUCCUGUGUAUUACUGGUUGCUUUCUGUCGUCUCUUCUGGUGGGCGCGGCUGGUACCAUCUUUUUUGGUCUGUUGCUUCCGCCAGUGGGACUUUUCUGCCAGUGGGUUUGUUGCUUCCCACUGGUAGGCCCUUUCCUCCUACCAGUGGACCUGUUAUCUCUCGCCAGUGGACCUUUUCAUAUAGCCGUCGGUUGCCAGUUGCCAGUUGCCAGUUGCCAGCCGCCUGUUUUACUUCCACUGGCGGGUCCAUUUAUCUCACUGGUAGGAGACAUUUAUCCCACUGGUCGGACAUUUGCUUCCUGUUGCUUCCUGUUGCUUCUGCCGGGGAACCCGAUGGUUCCAUUUCUGCCGCAAAAUUGUCGGCUAUGUUGUGUCCUCAAGACACCUCGUCGAAAGCCGAUAAGGCUCACCAGAAGCCCAACAUGGGCGCCUGUAAAAAGGCCACAUCAGCCCAUAAGAGAGGCCAAAGUAUGCGCCAGAGCAAAGACCAAUCUGGCCCACAAGACAGGCCAAUGCUCCAAGUGCGCACCAGAGAAAGGGCAAACCAGCCCACAAGAAAGGCCAAAGUAUGUGCCAGAAGAAAAGGGCAAACCAGCCCACAAGAAAGGUCAAAGUAUGUGCCAGAAGAAAAGGGCAAACCAGCCCACAAGAAAGGCCAAAGUAUGUGCCAGAAGAAAAGGGCAAACCGCCCCACAAGAAAGGCCAAAGUAUGUGCCAGAAAAAAGGACAAAUUGGUCCGCAAGAAAGGCCAAAGUAGGCGCCAGAGCAAACAUCAAUCCGGCCCACAAGAAAGGCUAAUAUCAAGCCCCAUAGUCACUAGUACAAUCUCCAAAAUAGUCAAGCCAAGGUACAUUGCUAUGUCCAAGUCCAAGUCCAAUUCCAAGUCUUUUCCAAGUCUUUUCCAAGUCCAAAUUUCCAAAUGUCCAAACACUGUCCAAGUACUGUUCUAG